UUUUAAGAAUUUGGGUCCUGCGUCUUUGUUGCAUUAAGGUCUAAUCCAAUCCCUCUACUUGGUUUAUUAUAUAAUUUUCUGCUGUAAAUAUACCAUCACCAUGGCUUCCUCUUCUGGAACUUCUUCUGGGUCGACUCUGCUUCCAAACUCUGGUUCAGAAGAAGACCUUCAACUUGUAAUGGAUCAAAGGAAAAAGAAGAGAAUGCUAUCAAACCGUGAAUCGGCGAGAAGAUCGAGGAUGCGGAAACAGAAGCACUUGGAUGAACUGAUGGCCCAAAUGGCUCAGCUCAGGAAGGAGAAUAACCAGAUCCUUUCAAGUAUGAACUUCACCACUCAACACUACUUGGCCAUUGAAGCUGAGAAUUCAGUUUUGAGAGCUCAGAUGGGGGAGUUGAACAACAGAUUGCAGUCCCUUAAUGAGAUCAUCCAGUACAUAAAUGUGAGCAAUAACAGUUUUGAAACCGAGGAAACUCUAAUCGGUGCUGAUAGCUUCAUGAAUCCAUGGAAUUCACUCUAUCUAAAUCAGCAACCUAUCAUGGCUUCUGCAGACAUGUUUCAAUACUGAAACUCCUUCACCCAUGGCUGAGAAGCUUGAGACUGCAAGUCUGCAAGAAUGGUUUGUUUGUGUUGUCAGUGGUGUUUGUUUAGGUUCUCAAUGAGUGUAGAGCUACAAGAGGGUUUCUUUUUUUAACUCUCUCUGUCUCUCUGUGACACUCUUUGUAAGUUCUAGCUCCCUUUCAUCUAUUAGGGCCUAAGGGCCUAAUAUUAGGGGUAGAAGUUAAAAAUAAUAAUAAUAAAAAAAAGUAAAAUGAGGGAUUUGGUUGUUGGGUUACUGGUCUGGUCUGUAGAUGUUCUAUACAAACAAGGAUUCAGAGCUA